GAAACGCAUAAAAAAUCCAUAUAAGACGGCAGACAGAAUGACCUUCUUUGAGGAAAAUGGUGAAUUUCCUUUCCACUACAAAAUAGCAAAUUGGGUGAAGUCUAACCGCCACAUUAGAACAAGAGAUACUGACGUUGGUUUGUACACACCAUGGGCUAAAGAAGAAGACCAACUUCACAUUGACCCCAACAAUAUAACAUGGGAUGAAGACGAUAAUACGAAGCUGGAGUCUCGAUGUGUGGACUCUUGUUUGCCCGGAUACAGAAAAAAGCCAAAAUCUUCAAUCCACUCUUGCUGCUAUGACUGUGUCCCAUGUUCAAGAGGCCAGAUAUCCAAGACAGACAGCGAGAACUGUAUCAAUUGCCCAGAGGAAGAAUGGCCCAAUGAGAAGAAAGAUCGGUGUAUUCCAAAACUCCCUGAAUUCCUUUCCUACACUGAUGGCAUUUCUAAAGUAUUCCUAACAGUUUCUAUUUUACUCUGCAUUGUGACUGUUUUAAUAAAAGGGAUUUUUAUUUCCUAUAUGAACACCCCCAUCGUGAAAGCCAAUAACAGAUACCUGAGUUUCGUUCUCCUUGUCUCCAUCUUGUUGAGCUUCCUCUGUGUGUUCCUGUUCCUGGGCCAGCCACUGGAUAUAACCUGUAUACUGCGUGUCACAACAUUUGGAGUCAUCUUCUCCAUAGCCAUCUCCUCUCUUCUUGCUAAAACAAUCAUGGUUUACAUCGCUUUCAAAGCCACCAAACCUGGCAGCUACUGGAGGAAAUGGAUGGGAAGCAAACUGGCCAAGUCCAUAGUAUCAGUGUGUUCAUCCAUUCAAGUAUUAAUAUGCAUUACUUGGUUGUCCUCUUCCCACCCUUUUCAGGAAAUGGACACUUACUCUUAUCAGGACAAGAUCAUUAUUCAGUGUAAUGAAGGGUCAGUUAUCGGGUUCUACUCUGUGUUGGGUUAUAUGGGGUUUCUGGCAGCUGUGAGUUUUGUUCUGGCUUUCAUGGUGAGGACAUUACCGGACAGUUUUAAUGAAGCCAAACACAUCACAUUCAGCAUGCUGGUGUUCUGCAGUGUCUGGAUUGCCAUGAUCCCGGCCUAUCUGAGCACCAGAGGGAAAUACAUGGUGGCUGUGGAGAUAUUCACCAUAUUGACCUCAGGUGCUGGACUUCUAAGCUGUAUAUUUUUUCCAAAAUGUUUCAUUAUAUUAUUUAAACCUGAAUUGAAUACACAAUCACGUUUACUUGAUAGCAGAAAUAGACAUGAGCAUGGUAACUACUUCUAAGGAUCAGUUUAUAUAUGUUUUUACACAAGAUUCACAUUGCUUUCACCCAAAUCUACUGAGAUUCAAAUGAAAAAUUGUGUUAAUCCUGGAUGAAAGUUGUGUAAAUCUUGUGUGAUUUUUUUUUAAUACUAAGGUAAGUAGACGGCAAUGAAAUCUGGGGCUGAAAGUGGUUGAUGUUUUUUUGUUUAAAUUAAUGUCAUUGUUAUGUUGGUGUAUUCACUGUAGGGCAUUUGAUUAGUAGGUAGGCAGCUUCUGCAAGCCAAGCAGUUACUACAAUCACCCUGGUUUGUGUAUUCAAAACUCUGAUCUAGAAAUUGGAGAGCCAUACCAAUGUGUUUUACAAAAUUAAGCCACCAGUCACCAGAUUGUCAACCUUAUAUUUGGUUAAUCCUUGGUGAAGGGCAGGGGCGUUGUUAGGUCUACAAAAGAUCUAGGGCUAGAGCCCAUAGCAGUGAAGUAAAGAAAGUAAUACGCUUUACAUCAUGGUCCCCAGAGAGCUGCCCUCCAUACAUAAGGGUCUCCAGAGCCCUCCUUGUUACAUCAUGGUCUCCAAAGAGCCCCCUCUGUAUAUCAGGGUCCCCAGAGCCCUUCUUGUUACAUCAGGGUCCCCAGAGACCCCCCUCCUGACAUCAGGGUCCAUAGAGCCCUCCUUGUUACAUCAGGGUCCCCAGAAAGCCCUCCUUACUUGAGGGGCCCCAGAGAGCUGCCCCCUUUACAUCAGGGUACCCAGAGCUGCUCCUCCUCUAGCAUUUAAUAUAAGCCUCCUAAAGUUUCUUACCUUCUUUAAAUU